CUUAUAUUUUUUUUGAAUAUCAUUUGCGCCACAACUCACGAGAAACUUGUCUUCAUUUUUCCUCCUCCCAUUUUAGAGAAUCCGAUUCCAGAACCGUUAGAAAUUUCAUCUUCCUCCGGUUACAUCUCUUCAAGAGUACGAUGUCUGCGUUCUUAUCAGGAUAGGUUCAAUUCUCUUCAGCUUCUUAUUGCACCUACGACAAUGAUCAUCUAGCUAGCUACCUUAAAUAUCCUCAAUAUGUGUUUCAAGCAAUCAGCAACUCUAUGGACAAAUUAAGCUUCUUCCAAAUCGUCUAGAGAAUCUUUUCAGGGAGUGGGAUAUACCGGCAUUAAACAAGUGUUCCCAAGAUAGUAGUAUAAAGGAAUCCAGAGAGUUAGUCGCAAAAAUGCCAUCACAGGAGACGAAGAAUACAUUGGAUUCAUCACUCUCUCUUUCUAAGAGCUUAAUGGGAGCACCAUUAGGAACAGUAGCACACAAAAGUCAUAAUGAUAGUAAUAUCAAAGGACUAAACUCGUCUUCGUCGUCAUCAUCGUCAUCUCAAUAUCACUGCAGCUCGUUUGGUGAUCAAGAUAUCAUUGAUGAUUACGAGUUAGCUCAACGUAAAGCUGCAGAAGCAGCAUGGAGAAGGUAUCAAGCAGUGGAAUGGCUACAGAAGAUGAUGGACCAAGGUGCUUCAGAAUCCUAUUUACUCCCCAAACAACCCACAGAAGAGGAAUUCUCUCUCGCCCUUCGCAAUGGCCUUAUCCUCUGCAAUGUUCUCAACAAGGUCAACCCUGGUGCCAUCUCAAAGGUGGUGGAGAAUCCCAUCUUAACAGUUCAGUCGGCUGAUGGGGCAGCUCAAUCUGCUAUUCAGUACUUCGAAAACAUGAGAAAUUUCCUUGUUGCUGUUGGCAAUAUGAAACUACUGACUUUUGAAGCGUCUGAUUUGGAGAAGGGAGGUUCAUCAGCUAAGGUUGUUGAUUGUAUACUAUGUUUGAAAGGAUAUCAUGAGUGGAAAGAAGCUGGUGGAAUUGGAGUAUGGAGAUAUGGUGGGACUGUAAAGAUAACCUCCUUACAAAAGGAGUCAUCUUCUUCCUUGUCUUUGAUCUGCUCCAGUGAAAGUACAGAUGAGUCCAUUGAUGAUUCUGUUUCCUCAAAUGAAUAUGACCAACAAAUACUAGAAUUUCUUCAUCUCUCCAGUGAUAUUUUACUUGAAGAAUCUAAAGCAGCUGAUGCACUGACUUUCCUCUUUGAUCGUUUUGGCCUUGAGCUCCUUCGAACAUAUCUUACUGAUCGUAAUGGAUUUGACCAAACACCUUUAAAUACAAUGCUCAUUGAUGCUGUUCUUAGGAAGGUGGUUCACGAUUUUAGGAGGUUACUAACUUUGCAUGGUAAUCAGCUUGGAUUGGUUCUGAAGCAGAGUCUGAAAGGUGAUUUGGAUUCUGUUUCAAAGGCAGAAUUCAUCGAGGCCAUUUCGAAGUAUCUCAAGCAAAGAAUUUCUGAGGAUUCAAAUGAUUUUUCAAAACUCUGCAUUUGUGGUGGACAAUCUGGAGAAAUCCAGGUUACGAGUAGUCACAAUGCUAAUUAUUUGGAAAGACUCGAUCAACAACAAAAACUACUUGAGGAGCUAAAAUCUGCAUUUCAAGUGUCUAAUGCUGACGCUAAGCAGGUUAUAUCAAACUGGGAAGGUGAAGUUAAAAGGCUAGAACAUCAUAUACAAGGUCUUGAAGUUACUUCAUCAUCUUACCACAAAGUUCUCGGGGAAAAUCGUCUCUUAUAUAAUCAAGUACAAGAUCUCAAAGGGAGUAUCAGAGUAUACUGCAGAGUGAGACCAUUUUUGCCAGGGCAAGUAAGUGGACAGUCAACGGUAGAUUAUAUUGGAGAAAAUGGAAAUAUCAUGAUCAUGAAUCCUCAUAAGCAAGGAAAAGAUGCUAGGAAGAUAUUUUCAUUCAACAAAGUGUUCGGGACAAAUGUAACCCAAGAGGAAGUGUUUGCUGACACCCAGCCACUAAUUAGAUCAGUUUUAGACGGUUUUAAUGUUUGCAUAUUUGCUUAUGGGCAAACAGGCUCCGGAAAAACGUACACAAUGAGCGGGCCAGAUAUAAGCACAGAGGGAACAUGGGGUGUAAAUUAUAGAGCUCUGAGAGACUUGUUUGAAUUAUCAAAGUCUAGGAUAAACUUCGUCUCAUAUGAAGUUAGCGUACAAAUGAUCGAAAUAUACAACGAGCAAGUGAGAGAUCUCCUGAUAACUGAUGGCUCUAACAAAAGGUUAGAUAUUCGGAAUAAUUCUCAAUUGAAUGGCCUCAAUAUACCUGAUGCAAGUUUGAUUCCAGUGACUUCUACUCGGGACGUCCUGGAUUUGAUGAGAAUAGGUCAACGAAAUCGUGCAGUGGGUGCUACAGCACUAAAUGAACGUAGUAGUCGUUCCCACAGUGUAUUAACAGUUCAUGUUCAAGGGAAGGAACUAAUCUCUGGAUCCACUCUCCGAGGUUGCCUUCAUCUAGUAGAUUUAGCUGGAAGUGAGCGCGUAGACAAAUCUGAGGCUGUUGGAGACAGAUUAAAAGAAGCCCAGCACAUUAAUAGAUCACUAUCUGCGCUUGGGGAUGUUAUAUACUCCCUUGCACAAAAAAGUACACAUAUUCCUUAUAGAAAUAGCAAGCUAACUCAAGUACUGCAAGACUCUUUAGGAGGACAGGCAAAAACUUUGAUGUUUGUUCAUAUAAAUCCCGAAGUUAGCUCUAUUGGAGAAACAAUUAGCACACUGAAAUUUGCUGAAAGAGUAGCUUCUAUAGAGCUUGGAGCAGCUCGUUCCAAUAAAGAAACUGGCGAAAUACGAGAACUGAAGGAAGAGCUCUCAAACCUCAAAUUGGCGUUGGAAAGAAAAGAGGCAGAGGUGGAGCAAUUAAAAAGUGGUAAUGUUCGGGCAGGAUUGGAGUCCCAAAGAUUGAGAACAGUCUCACCUCUAAGUUUGCCUAGACAUGGUAUUAAAUCUAGCUUAAAACCUGAAAGUGUUCAACAACCUAUUGAUGGGGUAAGACCCAGUGAGGUAAGAAGUUGCUCUACGGGGAAAGAAAGGAGGAGUCGCUUUCCCUCAGGAACCACAAACAAGGAUCCUAUUCCUAUGACGCAGUUCCUUCCAGAAGAAGGUGUUACAAGGUCCGGGAAGGCAAGGCUGGCAUCCUCACCUUUGAGGAGAUCAAUGUCCACUGACCGAGCUGCCUUCAUUAGAAACAGGCCCGAACCAGACACACUCGACAACAAACAAACCACAGCACAAGUGCAGAUCCCAAGGAGAGCAGCUGUUAAUAAAUCUUGUGCUUCUAUAACUUUGGUCCUACCAAAAGAGAACCAUAAUAACGUGUCCGAUGCUUACAACCUCCACUCAAGAAAAUUUCACCAUGAGCACGAGGAUGAGCAGUUUAAGCAAGUUCUGAAUGUUAGAGCAGGUGGCAUCAGGAAAAGCAAACCUGAGAGUAAGACUCGGGCUAAACAUCAAAACUCAACUGGAAUUCAGAGGACCGAUAUCGCAGAUUCAUUACUUUCUGAAAUAGAAACAGAAAGGAAACCAGAAGUGGCACGCAAAACUGAUUCAUCAGAAAUGGUAAAUGAACAUGGGUACAUUCGAUCCUUCGCACCUGUUAGUAAAGCCGUUAAAAAGCUCCGCCAAAACUUUGCAAGGAGUUCUCAAAAUCUUGAACCCAGGAGUAUAGUGCAAGGCUUUCAGGCAAUGGAGCCAAUUCUGACAACAGGGAAGAGCGAGAACAAGCUUAAUCAGAACGGUAUAAUUCCCAAUGGAAAAGAAAGCAGUGCCAUUUCUUCGGCGCCUAACAACAGAAGAGGCCGGUCUUCACCUCACAGCAAAUUUGUAACAUUACCUUGAAAUAUGAAGUUCUGUACAUCGCCAUCUAAUCAGUUUGAAUUGCAUACAUCUCUCAGGAAUCGUGAGAUUAGAGGUAAUAAUCCUAAUUCCUUUCCCCAUGCACUUGUUUUCUGAGUGGCUUUUUGGUUUUCAGGCUGUUAUAGGGUUACUUUAGUUUGUAUUCUUUUAAUUACUGUUAAUUAAUGUGUAUGUACAUGAACUAUUACCGUAUAAAUUUGUUCAACACUUUUAGUGUUUGGAAAUUGUAACUUGAAUAACUAAAUUAGGACAUAAUGUAAAUGCACUUGUUACCUUAAUCAU